AUGAAGCUGAUCAAAAAGGACAUCGAUGCGGGGUCGGGGGCGGGUUUCGCCAAGGUUGUACCGGAGGAGUCGGAGGAUAUGUGGCAUCUGUACAACCUCAUAAGGGCCGGGGACAGGGUGACUGCGCCGACGUUCCGGAAGGUGGACUUCGACGUCGGCCUGGGGAAGAAGUCGGAGAAGAUCAAGGUCACGCUGCAGCUCCUCGUGGAGGGCGUGGACUAUGACGCGGCGGCGGACAACAUCCGCAUUUCCGGAAAGAACCUCACGGAGAACGAACACAUCCGCCUGAACGCGCACCACACGACGGAGCUGGAGCCGCACCGCGCGCUGUCCCUCGAGAAGGACGCCUGGGACACGGUCGACCUGGACCGGCUGCACCAGGCCUGCACGCCCGCGCGGUCGGCUGACCUGGCGGCCAUCCUAGUCGACGAGGGCCUGGCGAACCUGGUGCUCGUCGGCGGCAGCGUCACGACGACGUGCGCGAAGAUCGAGGCGAAUUUGCCCCGGAAGCGCGGCGCCGCGGCGCAGGGCUUCGAGAAGGCGAUGGGCAAGUUCUACGCCAAUUGCAUGGCGGCGCUGGACCGGCACGUGGACUUCGGGGUCGUGAAGUGCCUCGUGAUCGCGGGGCCGGGGUUCACGAAGGACGGGCUGCGGGAGUUCGUCGACAAGGAGGCGGUCCGGGCCAACAACCGCAAGUUCAUCGAACACAAGUCACGCAUCGUGACGGCGCAGGCGUCCUCCGCGUACAAGCACGCUCUGGGCGAGGUGCUCGCGCAGCCCAACGUGGCGCAGAUGAUCAAGGACACGAAGGCGCAGCGGGAGGUGCAGGCGCUGCAGGAGUUCUACGACAUGCUGGGCAAGGACUCCGCGCGGGCGUUCUACGGGCCUGGCCACGUGUUCGCUGCGGCGGAGCAGGGCGCCGUGCAGACGCUGCUGCUGGCGGACUCGCUCUUCCGGACGACGGUGCUGUCGCGGCGGGAGCAGUACACGCAGCUGGUGGAGACCGUCCGGGCGAGCGGCGGCGAGGCCCUCGUGUUCUCCGCCGCGCACUCGUCGGGCGAGCAGCUGGCCCUGCUGUCCGGGGUGGCCGCGAUCCUGCGGUUCCCGAUGCCGGACAUCGAGGACGAAGUCCUGCCGGACCCGACGCUCACCGAGGACGAGAGGGCCGCGCUGGAGGCGGAGGGCGGCGCGGCGCGAUAA